GCCGCGGCCUCGCCUGCGCCGCCGCCGCUGCUGCUGCGCGGGGCGGGGCCGCCUCCAGCAUCGGGCCCGGCGGCGCGGUGGCUGCGCUCGGCCCGCCCGGCCCUGCUGUGCAGCUGUGCUUUCCCCGGCACCGCCUCCUGCGAGAGUACACCGCUAUAGACUCCUGGGUCUAUAGGUCCUGCUGGGAGCCUGCUGCAGCGCGGCCUUUCAUGGGGUCACAGCCUCCUCGGGGUGCACCCCCCUGCGCUGGCCUGGGCCCUCCGCCGGUGCGGGGCCAUCUGUGCUGCGCCGUGGCACCAUGGCCUUCACCGCGGGCUGCAGGGCAAUCUCUGCCCCGGCGUCUGGAGCACCUCUCACCCUGCUUCCCUUGGUGCCGAGGUUUCUUUCUCUCACACGUGUUCUCACUCCUCCCCCUGACUGUUGUUGCCCAGCAGGCUGUAGUGUCAAAGAUUUAAGACCACGGUGCAUCAGCAAGAAGUUGGGUAUUAUUUAAGCUUCACUAAAUCGAUUUGUUCCAUUUCACAUUAAAAAAGCACCAGAAUGGAUGACUCUCUGAAACAGUCUGAUAUUCUACAUUUUACUUGGAUGCAGUAGAGAGAAAGGAAGAUGUUCAGCCUGGAGAGGUCAUGUAGCAGCAUCAUGCUGAUGUCCCAAGCUGGAGGAGCAGUUGGCAACUGUUAAGAUGUAACAUUCCAUCCUGGCUAACAACUGCUCUCCGUUCAGUUCAACAGUUCAACCACAUGGAGAAGCAAAACUACAGCAAGUUCUCCUGUUUCUGGGAGACAGAGCCCGUAGGCUGUAGGAGGAUAAGCUGUGACUUCUUUCACAGAAAACCCCGUAAUAUAAAUGGACUUUAUUUGCCACCUAGUAACAAUGUCCCAUUGAAACAGGAUGUCCAAGGAGGCAUUCUGCAUCCAGCCCAUCGUCAGGACUCACUCAGGAAUCAAGAUAAUGUUUUAGUACCUAUUCACCCUCCACUGAUUAUAAACCUCAGCGAUGAAGAGGAUGAUGAAGAGGAUGAUUUAGAGAAUGAUGAUGAGGAAGACAACUAUGUUUCUAACUGGAUGCCUAAGACUGUUAUAGAUAUUGAAGAGGAAAGAGCAAUAAGGGAUAUAUGCUAUAAAUCUGGAGAGUAUUAUGGGAUUCAGAACCCUUACAAACACCAAUCAACAAAAACUGUAUCUUCACCAUGGCAAGAUGAGUUCUUACCCUUGGAAACUACUGAGCAAAACUUGCAGAAAGGUGAUGGUAACACAAUUCCUACAAGAUUUAAUAAUACAAGAAGAGAAAAAGAGAGUUCAGAAAGGAGAGUAUCAAUAGAAAGCAUUCCCAGAGCAGAUCUUAAAUCCUUUGACAAUGGAGGAGGUGGUGGUUCUGUGAUACAGAGGAGCACAUAUGUUGAUGGGAACAGAUUUGAGGCACUACCUCGGGAAAAAGGACCAAUUACAUCAAAGUAUUCCAAUGUGAAAGAAACAAGCCACACUGAACUGAUAAAAAACCAUCAUUGUAAAGAAGUAAAGGAAAAUAAAAGGAUUUCUGAGGAGCGAAGAAAUUCAGCUAAUGCAAUAACUGGCAAAGGAAUUCACACUCCAGACCCCAAAUUAAAACCAAAUUAUCAACAAAGGGGUCAAAGUAAGGAUGAUGAAACUGCUUCUUCCAGUCCAUAUGGGAGAGAAACUGGAAGAUACACUCAUUUAAAUUCUCCAGAACCUCGACGAUCAGCUUAUGUAGUGUAUCGGACUGUCACUCAAAAACCAAAAUUCAAUGGAUCUACAGCAGUACCUGAGUCCUAUGGUCAGAAAGGCUCCAAACAAAAAAAUCAGCCUGACACUAAUAGGAGAUUUUGGACACAAACAGAAAACUAUGGCAAAUAUACUUCAGGAUCUUCUAAUUCACCAGCUUGGAGGAAAAGAAAUCCUCAAGCAAAACCAUUCUCUAAAUUUAAAAUAACCACUCAGCAGAGUAAAGAAGACAUGGAAGUGAAUAAAAAAGGAGAUAAAGAAACAUCUAAAGGGAAAUAAAGAAAUUAUCAACUGAGUAUCUAAAGAUGAAGAAACCGCAAAUUCCAAAAAGAAGAUUCAGGAAGGAAGCACACUAUAGUGUUUCAAAACUGGUUAAAAACUCUUAAAAGUAUGCUCUGCAUGGUGACAUAUAAAGAUCUAUAUGCACUAAGUUUAAUCUGCUAUAAAAAUUUGGCAGUUGAAGUUAUUUUUGCAGACUACGGCUCUACACCAUAGACAGAUAGUAAUAGUUCAUAGGGAAAAAAAUCCCUAAGCAGAGUCUUCCCCAAUUUUAUUUGAUAGACGUUUUAAGGCAUAAUUCCUAAUAUGAAUAAAUACUACUAGUUAUACUUAGCAGUUUCAGAGGACUUUUAAUGUAAACAGCAAUAGUGUAAUGCAUUCUAGAGUGUGGUUUGCUGGUACAAAAGCCAGAUUCCUAGAUGGUUUAGCUGUUUUGCCAAUUGUUUAGGGACUCAAUCUGAAUUCGAUCUUGAGAUUUUGCAAUUUUACAGGAGCAGCAGAACUGUGUUAUGAACUAAAUGAAAUUCACAAGAAAACUCUCUGAAUUAACUGAGAUAUGUAUUUACA